UCCGCCCGCCCUGCUGGUGGUGUGAUGUUCACCGUCCCUUAACUCGUGGGUGAACUAACCCACCUUCCUUCCUUCCUUCCUUCCUUGAGGAGUUUGUCAGUUACUACCACCUCCUCCUCAAUGAAGGGCCUUUGGAUUGAUUAAAGGAGUCCUUUAUAAAAAGGACUGACAUCAUUGUCGUCAUAUUUACUUAACGACAGUGGCUGACAAUUACAGUGACAUCCAGUAACUGCAGUGUCAGCAGUGAGAUUGGUAAUGAUUUGUUGUUUUUUUACGAAAUUGCGUUGAUCUGAGAGUCAGAUGUUUGCAAUUGCAGUUUACAAUGAAAUUGUUUGCAUCGGGCGUCUACUAUCAAGAAGUAAAAGCGAGUGUCACUUUAGUGUAACGUUGUGGAUGCAAAUGCAAAACAAGGAAGUUUUGUACACUUGCUAAGAAGGAAGGUACAUAGGCCUAUGGUGACAUAGGGAGGGAUUUAGAAUCAUACCAGCGUACACUAGUAAUUAUAAUUACAGUGAAUAAUAGGCCUAUGAAGUGGUGAAUUUAUACAGUGAAUUGAAAAGGCUGUGAUCUAAACAUGACAACCUGAAAAUCCCAUUGGAAAUUUAAUUAAAAAAUAAAAGAAUCGGUGUUAUAUUACCAGUUAAUUAGUGUAUAGGUCUAGUGCUUGCGUGUGUGUAUUCAUGCACAUCGAAAGAUUGGCUGAUCAGGCAAAAUCAGUGAUGCUUGGUGUUGAUGUUUUUGCCACUUCUUUUAAGCAUGCAGACUGUUUGAUGAUAAAGCAGUCGUGAUUGUAAUCGUUCGCUCUGAUAAAAAAAAAAAAAAAGUUUUUGUAUCCGGUCAAGAGAAUACAAAAGAAAUGUUCGACAAGUAUUGUUACGCGUUUUAGUCAUCGAAUUAAAAUGACAGCUAUUUGCUUCUUCAAGGUAUCAAGAUACACAUCGUUUUUAUAUAAGAAAGUGUGAGUUUUUCGGAGAAGAUGGAGAAAAUACACUUCAUAUAAAAAAAUGCCGACUCUGAAAAUGUCGGCCCUCUAUGAGAAAUUCUGCGUUGGCAACCGCGCCAAAGACUGAGGGAAAAAAAGGGGGGAAUUCGAUCUUAUUAAAUUAAUUGUUAAUUGGUAGAAAAAAAAAAGAUCGAAAAAUUACAUUGAAGUGAUUCAAGAAGUAAUGGUACAGGGCACUUCUUGGCUACUUUUGAAGCGCAGUGAGGUGGCUCGGUAUGUUGUGAAAGUGGAGAGAGAGAGAGAGAGAGAGAGAGAGAGAGAGAGAGAGAGAGAGAGAGAGAGAGAGAUAAAGUUUCGCCAACUUCCCUUUCUUUGCAUCCAAUCUCCUCCUCCUCCUUUGGGAAGCUUUAUUUUUUUUCCCUGCUGCUUUUAUCUGAGGAGGGAAGAACUGACCAUGGGGAGUUGUAGACCCAUAUUAUACAUUAUAAACUGCACGUUAUCGCAGAGUACUUGAACAAGACCAUAGCUGUCGUCAAAAUCUUUUAGAGAGUGUUUUUAUUUCUUAAUUCGAUCGCAGAGAGAGACUUAAUUAUCCUAUUUAAUUUGGCAAACGAUCGUUACAUCAUCAACAGAGGCCGAAAGUGAGGUUCUGAUAGUGAAUCUAUGACGAACACGAGGUCAGGGUGAAGCUAUGAAGAAAGUUAUGCUCAGGUGUGAAUCGACUUGGAAAAUAUCUAGAUGAAGAGGAUUAUACCGGUGUUAUAGACAAGAAAUGCGCAGCAGACGAUCAUUUGACUGAAAAAUUAUUGGUCAUGCACCUGUUUCUUGGUUUAGACGAGCUAUUUUAAGCGCAUUAUAUCCUGCGAGUGCUUUUGCUUGUAGACCUACUGUUGAAAAACAUGGUAUAGUGUUUUAGACCUAUUGAAGCUUGCAUGCUUGCAUGAGACCCAUAUGAAUUCCGCUGGAAUUUUUAUUGAUAACUUUUAAAUUUUGCAAUAUAAAGGCCAACACUAGGCCUACUCCUCUCCUCUUAUACUGGCUUAGAAAAACCAGCAUGAGUUUAAUUUGAAAGCCAGCGUAUUGUAUAUAACAUUGAUUUAAAAAAAGUCACAAAAGAAUCGAAGUUCCGUGGAAAAUUGUGAUACGAGAGUACAAAGUUAAGAUUGAACUCCGAGUUCAGUACAAAUUUUUAUUUAGAUGUUAAAACAUACACACAAGGUCCUGAGGUCGUUAAUAUAUGUCGUAAAGUUUUAUAUAUUAUAUAAUAAUAAAAAGUUGAGAAAUUUGCUGAAGGAUCUGUGAUAGCGUUACCUGAAAAAAAUAGAUAUAUAAAGAUAUAGUUUUAUCAGAGAAAGAAGAAUAUAUUUAUGGCAAUGAAAGUCUUCGUGUGAAAAAUAUAUUAAAAGUUUUAUUAGAACGAAUAUAUUUACGUCACUUGAAUUUGAAUUAAUUCACGACAGUUGAUCUGUGAUAUUAAUAUUGAUUAUAAAAGUUAUUUCAAUAAAUUGGUGACUAUUUCGUCUGUGCAAGUGAUUGAAGUGCUUAGGCCUAUUAAUGAAACCGUGAAUGAUUUAUAUAAGCAAGACUAUAGGCCUAGCAGUGCACCCGUGAAUAAUAUAUAAUCCAGCCACCCGGAGGAAGAUAAAAGAAGACAGGACAAGUGAAGAAGGGUCAUCUUGACGAAGAAAGUGUCUUUCCAACGGCAGCGGUGGGCCAUUCCUCACUACCGCAAUGUUACCGGAAAUCCUGGGCGUAGUAGGCGAGGACGGGACAGUGUCUUGGGUGCCCCUAACCCCUAUCACCACCUUCAGGGACGUCGCUGCCUGCGUCAGGGACACCGGCGAUCCUCUGCCACUGCUUCUGGAGACCUCUCCGCUAGGAGUUCGCGUCGUUGCCGGAUGGGAACGUCCCCUGGAGCUCCUGCGACUAUGGAGUGAACUGAAGGACCAGGUCAUCUACUCCGUGUCCUACAGGCACAAGGACGACCCGGCCGACCUCCUGGCCUCCUUCUCCAGAUCCUAUUCCUUAGAGGAAGAGGAAGACGAGGAUGAAGACAAGGAACCCAUCAACCCUUGGGAACUCUACGAUCUCAAGGACGAGCUCAAGAACUUGAACAACCACCGCCCUCUGAGGGCUUCGUCUCCCGUCGAGGGCGAUCGCGCGCCCUCAGGGUCGAGGACCACCACAGCCUCGAGUAGUGCGAAGCCCUUGUCGCGUUCUCUCGACGACAGCGACGAACUGAUGGCCGUGAGCAGCGACGGAGAGGCCGACUCCUCUUACAACUCCCAUACCCAGAGGUCGCGGGUCCCAUUCCGGGAGGCCAACUGGUUCCCUCAUUUUAACAGGUCAUUCAGGAGACCCGCCGGAGGAGGAAGCAGUAGGAAUCCCCCUGGAAGGAUGCACUUCGCCCGUGGGCAGUCCCAGACGUCGUCCCUCCCCUCGAAAUCCCAGAAAGUCGUCACGACAUCAACAGCUGGUUACCCUAAGGAGCACCACCCUUCGUUUUUGGAGAGUCACCCAUUUUAUAACCAACACAGAAAACGUGACAUGCAAAGCACCACAGAAAACGGCGGCUCCCAAUUCCAGCGAACUCCGAAGCACAAACUCCACGAACACCUGAUCGACUACGAGAACUACCUUCAGCACUUGCACAGGAACAGGAACCUGAGUCCUGUGAUAAGCAAGAAGCAGAAACUCAGACAUACAGAGUACAAAAACGUCAGUACAAAACCGCACGACUCGGCCGGUUUCCCAAACGGCACGGGCGCUAGGCCUAGCUGCACCAACAGCCACCAGUCAGACAGAACGCAGUGGAACCAAAGGAACAUCAGACACCUCCUGCAGGAGCAUUUCUCGAGCAAAAUACAAAACAGGAUACAACCAUCAUCUAAAGAUGUCCGUAAUGGCGAGCAGAAGGUGGAGCGCUCGGCGAAAGACGUCCAUAAUGGAGAACUGAAGUGGGAGCGUUCUCCGCAGUAUGGAAGCCAUCACACGCAACACGCCACUCGACCUACCGGCGGGAAAGAGAACCACCUCCUCCACAGGCACCCAAAUUCGAACGGAUUUUCCCACGAUAAGAGCUUCUUCGGAUACGUCCCGGGGGAUCAGAGGCAGUCGCAGCCUCCGGAAUACCCAGGGGGCCACAAGAGGCACCACGGGGCACGUGUCACGGAUACCAACGGCUCGACGGACGUGAGUACCCCGUUCGACAAGAGUUUCUACCAGCACAGUGGCAUGCCCAAGACAAACGGGUCUCUUACGUACCACCAAAUGAACGGGCACGGGGGCACGCGUCAUUACUCGUCCCCGCUGUCGAAGUACCUGUCGCCCUUUGCGAACGGGAAGGCUCCAAAGGCCUCGAUAAUUUCGCUCCCUUCGGAGGGAAGGGCCCACAAUUCUCGAUCUCGAUUCCCGCGAGAACUUCGUCCCCAGCACCCGGAGGAGGGCCAUCCCCUGCCCCACAAGAAGGGAAGGGGGUCGCCCCCGAGUAGAGAUGCCUCUAAACCUCGCGGAGGCGUGGACAGGCCCUCGAGGAAGAGCUCAGCUGCCUCCGCUUCCAAGCAGGAAGUCGUCCACCGAAGGUCGUACUCGGAUCCUUUGUAUGAAUACCUCAAGGAGGAUUUCAGGGCUCUGGAUUACCGGAAACCUACGAGAAGAAGACGUCACUCAGGAGGGUCAGGCCUAGGCGGCGAUGUUGUGAUGAGGGAUACGCGAGCGCCGUUAACACUGCUGCCUGACGGGUGUGAGCUGACGGUGGGUGAGCUGCGCGACAUGGCCAGCCGACAGCAGCAGCAGAUCGAGACGCAGCAGCAGCUCCUGGUGGCCCGGGAGCAGAGGCUCAAGUAUCUGAAGCAGCAGGAGUCCAGGGCGGCGGCCGUCGCGGCCGAAGCCGACCGUCUGCGCCGCCUGCGGGAGAGGGUCGAGGCCCAGGAGGCCAAGCUCAGGAGGCUGAGGGCGCUCAGGGGACAGGUAGAAGCAACUCGCCUUAACACUGCUUCUCUCACGACGGACCUAGAUGCCAUGCGGCAUCUCUUCAGCGAGAAGGAAAAGGAAUUAGUUUUGGCCGUUUCAAAGGUAGAGGAACUCACGAGGCAGCUGGAGGAGCUCCGUCAGGGGCGCUCUCCACUCAAUCCAAAUAACCAACACCACAAUGAGCUGGACAAGCUGAGACGAGAGCUGUUGUAUCGUAAUAGUGUGAACAGAGAAGCUUCGGCACGGGUGGAUGCCCAACGGGAGACCUUAGCAGCACGACGUGAUGAGAUAACCCGAAUUGACAAGCGGAUUGCCGAACUUCAGCAGCGCCUGCAUCGAAAGCGGAUUUUGAAUCACCAACUUGCCUCACAAAUUACAGCUGCAACACAGGCUAAGCAGGCACAAUUGAAGGCUGUACAGCAGAAAGCUCUAAGAGAUGGUAUUCAUAGUGAGAAUUCUGCUGAUGAUAUCAACACUCCAGACCAUCUCAAGGUACCUCCCAGCGAGGACUUAGGAGAGUUUGGUCCCAACAAGAAUGACCCCAAGUACCAGACACUUCCAUAUAACACUAAGUUCUCAGUGACCUUCAAGACGAAGAAUGGCCAGGGUGGAGGAGAAUCGGACUCUGCUCCCACAACUCCCACCGGCAUUGCCCCAGUUAUUGCCAUGCCUGAUGCAACUACAUCUGUUACCACUGCGCCUAUCAUUACGUCAACCACUGUGCCUGUCAGUAGUGCGGUAGUAACGAGGACUGUCCACAGCAUCCCCACACAUCCUCCGUCCCGUGGACAUGCCCAUGCACCCGGUGCAUUAAAUCAGUCGCAGCCCCUACAGAUUUCUCAGCAGCCUUCUGGACCAGUUAAACCACCACCUAAUCCAGCAAUGACUCCAAGGGUUUAUGGACCAGUGGCUCAACAGUUUAAUCAGAGGACACAACCACUUGGUUCCAGUACAGGACCAAAUCAGGACUCACGCCCCCUUCUACCCCCUACCUCCCUCUCUGUCUCCUUCAAUCAGAAGCUGAAUCCUGGGUUAACAUCCCUUGCACAGACCCGGAGUCUACUUCCUGUACAUCAAUCUCAGGAGGCAGAAAAUGUUAAAGGGAUAGGAAUAAACACUGUCGGUGAAGGAAGCGAAGACAUUGCCCUGGGAGCUGAAAAUGGCCGUGUAAAACCUGCCUUGCCACCGAAGCCAGCUGUUCCAUCUAAACCUCUUCCUCCUCCUCGUCAGAAGGGUGACCACUUAGCUGCAAGUAAUGAGAGCCUUAACUCGGCGGUACCUGCAAAUCGUGUGGGAAGCCAGGGUCGAUCCCAACAUGGGUUCAGGUAUGCUAGCCAAAAUGUGAUUAUGUCAACUUAUACUCAGCAAACGGGCACAGACCCUCAGUCUGCUGAGGGAAGUGAUGACGGUGCCAUAAAUAAAGUGGCUAAUAAUAUCCAUAACAGUGUCAGUAAUUCAAAGACUGAAUCUGACACGGGAGAAAAAAUACACGUAUCCAUAAACCGACGCAUUGAAAUGCCUCCAGACUUCAUGUUCCCUGAAGAUGAAACUCCUCCAUCUGAUCUCUUAGGACAGAAAGUUGAAGAGAUAGAGAAUGGAACUUCAGACACACAAGCAAUACAACAGGAAAAUGGAAUGGAUACCAUUGACCACAUAGCCAUGCAGCCGUCUCUCCCAGUAACUGAACUGGAAAAACUGAGAAUAAAUCACUCAAAAGAAGAUAAAAUGAGCCAAGAAGAAAGUACUUUAGCAAAUAACGGUGUCCAUAUACCUAAAGAUGAUUCUAGGAAACCUGAUGGAGCAGACACUAACUCAGUUACCAUCGAGGAAGGAAGACCAGAAAAUGAAGGGGAUCAUAGUAACCUGUCUACAUCUGACAUCAUAAACAACAUAAACGAUAAUAUCAAUAACAAUAAUUCAAAUAAUGGUGGUGUCAUUGUAAGGAGAAUAAAGAAAGGAAACCUCAAAACUAAAAACUCUUCGAGAGUCCCUCGAAGGGUUAGCUUUGAUCCUCUUGCCCUUUUGCUCGAUGCCUCUUUGGAGGGAGAACUGGAGCUUGUUCGGCGCACUGCUAUGGAAGUACCAAAUCCUUCUGCAGCUAAUGAUGAAGGGAUAACUGCACUUCACAAUGCCAUAUGUGCUGGACAUCUUGACAUCGUCACAUUCUUAGUUACUUUUGGAUGUGAUGUCAAUGCACAAGAUUCUGAUGGCUGGACACCAUUACACUGUGCGGCUUCUUGCAAUAAUGUGGCAAUGGUGCGAUUUUUAGUAGAGCAUGGGGCUUGUAUUCUUGCUACAACUCUCUCAGACCAUGAAACUGCUGCAGAAAAAUGUGAACAAGAUGAAGAAGGAUAUGACGGUUGUUCACAAUACCUUUAUAGCGUUCAAGAAAAACUUGGUAUAAUGAAUGGAGGUGUUGUAUAUGGUGUAUAUGACUACGACAGUCAGGCUUCUGAUGAAUUAAGUUUCCGCUGUGGAGAUGCCAUAACUAUUCUUCGGAGAGGUGAUGAAUAUGAGCGAGAAUGGUGGUGGGGACAACUUCAAGAUAUCCAAGGAUAUGUACCUAGAAAUUUACUUGGACUUUAUCCAAGAGUGAAAAAUCCAUUACGGGACUCCUGAGACACUUGCAAUUCUAUGCUCCAAUGGACCAUCCACAAACCAGACUCUUGGUGAAUCGAAUUGCCAAAUUUUUUUUAAGGGUUCUGGAAUACAGGCUUCCUUACAGUGUUUUACACCAGGACAUGUUCUUGGUGCUUGCUCACAGCGAUAAACUUUUUUCUUGAUAUUAUAAACUGCAAUUGACUCCUUAAGACUACUGACUACUUGGAAUAGAAUAGUCAUAUUGACUUGACACUCGGCGACUUGCAUAAUUUGGUGGUAGAAGCGGAAACUGUUAGGAUUAACAGGAAAAGAACAGUUUCUGAACAAUUAUUCUUGGUAGGUAUUACAGAAAUAUGGAAUAAAUGCAAUUCUACAUUACUGUUAAACAGUGUCUUGCACCACAAGUGAAGUAUUUUGAAGCAGACCAGUGCCUUAAGUACCAACAACAGUUAAAAGUUGUUAAGUGUCCUGUGAUUACAACUGACAGAUAAGAUACAUUAAAUAUAACGUAACAUAUCUUAAAAAAGCCCUAUAUUUAUCAGAAAGAUGUAUACUCUGCAAUGCUUUUGAUGCAUCUGAGGAUAUUUUUGACAUAAGAAUGCAUCAGCUUCUGUGAAAGAUUAGUUUUGUCGACCUGUGGAAGAUAGUAAUAUAUACAAGUUUAAAAUCUAGCUAAUUGAGUGUAUUGUAUAAAGUAAUGGAAAUAUCAAGCUUGUAUAUAUUUGCUGUUGUCCAGAAGUCUACAAAUGAAGUUAACUUGAGAGAAUGAAGCCGUGGAACAACUAUUUUUCUAGCUUGACGACCACACAUCAUUGUUAAUAUUUUACUACUGUAUUAAUUGUACUGAUAUACAUAAAUAAAGUUGCCAUAUAAAAUAAA